AUUUCAAUUCAAAACCUCCAUUGGAGCGGGAACUUUGAGCUCCACUCUCAGCUCCAAACCAAGGGCUUAUCGGAACAAAGGGCAAAGAAACGAUGAAGAAGAAGCCGAAGAACAGCACUGCCGCUGUUGCAGGUACCAUCACCAAACCGAAGAAGAGAACACGAAAUGUGUGCGAACCGAAACCUAAACCAGAACCAGGGUUUACUACCGAGGACAUAGAAGAUUUUCAAUUUAGGGAAGAUGAAGUUGGAGAAAUUAGGGCAUCGUUGUUAAAAUGGUACGAUGUUAAUAAGAGAGACCUUCCAUGGCGGAGAAUCAACGACGGUGAUGCAACUGACGAUGGUGAGAGAGAUAGAAAAGCAUAUGCUGUUUGGGUUUCAGAAAUCAUGCUUCAACAAACAAGGGUUCAAACUGUUAUUAACUAUUUCAAUCGGUGGAUGGAGAAAUGGCCAUCUGUUCAUCACCUAGCUCAAGCUUCUAUUGAGGAGGUUAAUGAGAUGUGGGCAGGAUUGGGUUAUUACAGACGGGCAAGGUUUUUAUUGGAGGGAGCGAAAAUGAUUGUUGAAGAAGGAGGUCGGUUUCCUAAAUCAGUGAAUGAUCUUCGUAAGGUUCGAGGUAUAGGAGAAUACACAGCUGGUGCAAUUGCCUCUAUAGCUUUCAAUGAGGCAGUGCCUGUGGUUGAUGGAAAUGUUGUUAGGGUGAUUGCUAGACUAAAGACAAUAUCUGCAAAUCCUAAAGACACAGCAACUGUCAAGAACAUCUGGAGACUAGCUGGGCAACUGGUUGAUGUUCAUAGGCCUGGAGAUUUCAACCAGGCUCUGAUGGAACUUGGUGCUACUUUAUGUACUCCUUUAAGUCCUAGUUGUUCAUCCUGUCCAGUGUCGGCUCAGUGCAGUGCUCUUUCGGACUCCAAACAUAACCCAUCGAUGCUUGUUACUGAUUAUCCAACUAAAGUGGCAAAGGUGAGACAAAGACACGACUUUUCUGCUAUCAGUGUCGUUGAAAUAUUAGAAGGUGAAGAAGAUGCAAGUAAAUUUCUGCUUGUCAAGAGACCAGAAGAAGGUUUACUUGCUGGGCUUUGGGAGUUUCCAUCGGUUUCUAUGAAUGGAGAAGCCGAUGUGGUUACAAGGAGACAAGCCAUUGAUGAUUUCUUGAAGAGUUCAUUCGGCCUGAGUUCAUCUAAUGUUAUUGAAAGAGAAGAAGUAGGCGAAUAUGUCCACAUCUUCACCCACAUUCGUCUCAAGAUGUAUAUCGAGCUACUGGUUCUACGUUCACGAGAUGUGCAUAGAAAGGAGGAGAAAGCAGUAACGUCUUAUAAAUAUGUUGAUACCAAAACCCUUGCAAGCAUGGGAUUAUCAACUGGAGUCAGAAAGGCUUACAACAUGGUCCAGAAGUUUAAACAGACCAGAUCAAAUCUCAUCUCAAGAUAAAGUGAUAUGUUUGAAUGUGUGUAUUUCCAACUUUGGGCACAUGUUUGAACUAAAUGCCAUCAUUGUAGCUUCUCUUUUUUUCUUUUACCAUACGAUCUUGGUUUCUAUAUUAUAACUGUGGUGGUGUAUGAAUGAAUAUGCACUUCCUUUAAUGCGAUACAACUCCCAAAUAUUUUGAUGAGAUUUGGAAUUAGAUCCUGCAUUUGACUCCAUUAACAGGUACCUAUUUGCAUCCAUUGUCUCAAGGUUUGGAUCCAACUAAUCCA